GCUGCCCUUUCCUCUCGGGCAGUUUCUGCCUGUCUUUGGAUGGCGUCUGCGCCAAAAUUUGGAUAAAAUAACGACUUUUAUCAGAAAAGGGAUUAGUUAUCCUCCAUUCACAGUUACAGUCGCGUUUGAAACGUGUGAUAAAAUGAACAUUUGAGCGUUUUAAACUUUAGACCAGAAGAAGACAUGGAAUCUACAUGUAAAGAAAGGAGUAUUUUAUACUUACUCCUCUUUGCAGUAUGCACAGCCAGCGUUUGCUUUUGUGCAAGAAGAUCAAAUGUUCGGAGAUCUGAUCGUCUGAGUCCUCCACUGGACAUCCAGCUGGAGACAAUCAACUGCACCGCCUUUAGUGUACGAUGGAAGAUGCCCCGGCGACAUGUUAGCACCAUCACUGGAUACAAGGUCUUCUAUACAGAGUUGAAGAAUGGCCGUCCAUUGGGUGCAGCGUCUUUGAUGGAGGUGCCUCUCGGGUUAGACAGUCUGACCACUGGGCAAUUUGAUGGACAAGCAAGUUUUGAUGUGGAUGUUAGUAACCUAAAGGUGAACACUAUAUACAGAGUCAGUGUUGGAGCCUAUGGUUGGGCAGGAGAGGGUAGACCCAGCAUGCCCAGAGACAUUGGCACUGCCUCACAUGAAAUGUGCAUGCCGCCAUCGCCCCCUACUCAGCCUGUUGUCAUGGCUGUAUCUGACACAGAGCUGGCGUUGUCAUGGCAGCGAGGAGAGAGUGAGGGAAGUGCACCUGUCCUUCACUUCCUGGUGGCUUACAUCAGGCCAGAAAUGGACACAGAAUGGACGUAUAUUCGUGAGCCCAUUGAGACUAACUCCAUGGUUUUGAAGGGGUUGUUACCAGAAACAGAGUACCAGUUUGUUGUCAGGGCGGUCAACGUGCAUGGAGCUAGCCCACCCAGUCACAUCAACAACCCUGUGCGCACUCUUGGUGCAUCAGAUGUCGGCAGUGGCGAGUACGGGCGUUACAUCACGGAUUCAAGUAUCAAAGAUGAUGAUGGCUUCGACAUCGAUGACUCAGAUUACGAUAUCUUCAUUGAAGAGUUGAAGCCAUUCCCAGGUAUCAACCAGGACAACCGGAAGUCCCAACUCCGUUCACGUUCUGGUCCGCCGUCUGGUCAGAACGUCAUUUACCGGAUGAACACCGUCGCUACUCCCAAUGUUACUACCACUUCAUCCACUAGCUCAACCAUCUUCCCGGACUUCACAGAUCUGAUUUUCUCAACCACCUCAGAGCCAAGUACCACUAUUGACACCACAACAACUGCCCCAUUUACCACAACAACUUUCCCAUUUACCACAACAACUUUCCCACUUACCACAACAACUUCCCCACUUACCACAACAACUGCCCCACUUACCACAACAACUUCCCCACUUACCACAACCAGCAUCACUUUGCCCACCACCACUACCACCCCAACCAUGUCCCCUUGGAAAGGUGAGGUACCUCGUGUGUACGACAUGACCUGCGAUGAUACUGUGUGCCCCCCCGACAGCUUCUGUCUCAGUGAUUACGACAGCGGAGGCUCACGUUGCCACUGUAACCUCGGACGAAGAGGGGACAUUUGCUCUGAGGUGGUACCGGUGAACUUUCCCAGAUUCUAUGGCCACUCUCACAUGACUUUUGAACCCUUGAAGAACUCUUACCAGACCUUUCAGAUCACUUUGGAGUUCAAGGCAGACUCCGAGGACGGCUUGUUGUUAUACUGUGGAGAGAACGAACAUGGCCGUGGAGACUUUACCUCUUUGGCUCUGGUGCGGAGCAAACUACACUACAGGUUUAAUUGUGGUACAGGAGCAGCUCAGAUAAUCAGUGAGAGUCGUAUUGUUGUUGGUGAGUGGCACACAGUCACCAUCUUCAGAGAUGGCAUGAGUGGCUGGUUGCGUAUGGACAACGACACCCCCAUGUCUGGACGGUCACAGGGUCAGUACACUAAGAUCACUUUCCGCUCCCCGCUCUAUGUGGGUGGAUCCCCGAGUGCUUAUUGGCUGGUAAGAGCAACAGGGACAAAUCGUGGAUUUGUCGGCUGCAUUCAGAGCCUGACCAUCAACAACAAGGCCACAGACAUCAGGCCCUGGCCUCUGGGCAAAGCUCUUAGUGGAGCUGACAUAGGUGAGUGCAGCAGCAGCGUAUGUGACCCGGUCAUCUGUGACAACGGUGGGGUCUGCUUUGCAAACCGUGCUGAUGGCUACAUUUGUUUGUGCCCGCUCGGCUUCAGGGGAGCACUUUGUGAAGAGAGUUUCUCACUGUCCUCACCUCUCUUUAAUGAGACAGUGUUUUCAUAUGCGGUCAUCCCGUGGCCUCAGUCCUCCCAGAGUUAUCUGUCCUUUAUGGAGUUUGAGCUGACGUUUCGGCCGUCAAUGCCUGACGGGACGCUGCUGUACAGUGAUGAUGCAGGCAGCGGAGACUUCCUGGCUAUCAACCUGGUGGACAGAUAUGUGGAGUUCAGAUUUGACUGCGGAUCUGGAGGAGCUACGAUAAGGAGUGAGGAGCAGAUCAGUUUGGACACGUGGCAUGAACUGAGGGUGUCCCGCACAGCAAAGAGUGGUAUCCUUCAAGUGGACAGCCAGAAGCCAACGGAAGGAAUCGCUGAGGGAGCUUUCACUCAGAUCAAAUGCAGUUCGCCUCUUUAUAUUGGUGGAGUACCAGAGUAUGAUCAAACCAAGAGGACAGCAGGAGUAAUAAAGCCCUUCACUGGAAUUAUUCAAAAGCUGAUACUCAAUGACCGCACCAUGCCGAUAACAACUGGCUCCGCAGGUGGAGUUAAUGUGGCAAAUUCAGCCCACCCAUGUGUGGAAAGCCCCUGUGCCAAUGGAGGGACCUGCAGGCCAAAGUGGGAUACUUAUGAGUGUGACUGCCCCCUAGGGUAUGACGGGAGGCACUGUCAGAAAGAGUGUGGGAAUUACUGUUUGAACACUGUGACAGAAGCCAUUGAGAUCCCACAGUUCAUUGGCCGAAGUUACCUGACAUACGACAACAGAGAUAUCCUGAAGAGAGUGUCUGGGUCCAGGACCAGCCUUUUCAUGCGUUUCAAGAGCACAGCCAAGGAUGGCCUGUUGCUAUGGCGAGGAGACACUCCAAUGAGACCAAACAGUGACUUUCUGUCCAUGGGGCUUCAGGAUGGUGCAUUAAUCUUUAGUUAUAACCUGGGCAGUGGUGCAGCUAACAUUGCUGUCAACGGGACCUUUACUGAUGGAAAAUGGCACAGAGUCAAAGCUGUAAGGGACGGUCAGUCAGGGAAGCUUACAGUGGAUGACUAUGGAGCAAAAACAGGCAGGUCAGGUGGAAAGAUGAGACAACUCAAUAUCAACGGACCCUUAUAUGUUGGUGGCAUGAAGGAGAUAGCUCUUCACACCAACAGACAGUACAUCGGAGGCUUGGUGGGCUGCGUGUCCCACUUCACACUUUCAACAGAUUAUCACUUAGCGCUGGUGGAAGAUGCUGCUGACGGCAAGAACAUCAAUACCUGCUCCAACUAGAAAAUGCUUUUAGUGCGUGAAGGUCCACUUCUAGCAACGUUUUCAACUGGAGUGAACACCUUGACUGGCUGAUUUGUCAUCUUGAAAGUGACUAACCAGCACCACAUGAGUAAAAACUGAAAACAAUAAAAAAAUUUGGUCAGGCCUGACCUGGUAACUUAUAGUUCAUCAUAUGGCAACAGCAAAAAAAA